UUUCCUUCUAUUUUUUUCACUCUGUACUACUUCCAUAUUACACACACAUACACUGACAAUGUUUAUAUAACAAAUACCACCAAUCAAUCAAUGGAUUCCGACCGACCAUCUCAUCAUCGCACCGGCGACCUCUUCGUUUGUUUCACGGCCCGAAACCACCACCAUUCAUCUUCCAUGAGAUCAAUCUUGUGCUCAAACAGAUCCGGCCCACGUGACCCGCCAAUUUCACUAACAACUUCUUUAAGUAGAAGACUAAGAACCAACCGGAGCGUCAAAGGCGCCGCUUCUCCGGCGAUGUUUCCUACCACCGGAAAGAAAAGAUCCGGUAAUGGGUUUGAUAACCCAGAACCAUCUUCUCCUAAAGUUACUUGCAUUGGUCAAGUUCGGGUCAAGUCCAAGAAAAAACUGGGUAGAAAAAAACAGGGGAAUCAGCAAAGAUUGAGAUCUUUAUCAAGAAGACAUAGUACUGGUGAUGUUAGUUUUAGAAAAUUAGAUCAUUCUCAUGAUGGGUUUUCAAAAAGUGCAAAACUUGGUGAAAAUUAUCAAAUGGGCCGGUCAAAAAGUACUAAUCUUGGGUCAAAUCAAGAUUUGUUUAAAGAACAGAGGAAUAGCCAUAACUAUAGUCAAAAAUGGGUUCAUUUGCCUUUAACUAUUUGUGAAGCUUUAAGGGCAUUUGGGUCUGAGUUUAGUUGUUUAUUUCCUUGCCGGAGUUCAUGUUUUUCACCGGCGCCGGAGAGAAAACCGGCAGAAGAAACAGGGGAGGUGGGUUCAUGCUCUGUUUCUGGGUCUUGUGCUAGGCUUUUCACAAGGUGGUUAAUGGCUUUUCAAGAUGGAGAUGAUGGUGAUAAUAGGAGGGAUAGUCAACUAGUGGUCAAUGAUGAAAAUGAAGAGGAAGAUUGUAAUGAGGAUAGUGAGUUUAUGGUGUCAAGAAGACAUGUGUUUAAUGAUUUGGAGAUUGUGAAUAAUAGAAUUGAAGGGUUUAUAGAUGAAGCUAGAGUUAGUAUUUGUAUACCACCUAAAAAUGCUUUGUUGUUAAUGAGAUGUAGAUCUGAUCCUUUGAAAAUGCAGGCACUUGCUAAUAGAUUAUGGGAAUCUACUAAUGGUCAAAGUGAUGAUGAUGAUGAGCAAGAUAAUAAUGAAUAUAUUGUUGAUGAGUAUGAAAAUGAUGAAAUUUCACAAAAAAGGUAUGAUUUUUAUGAGUCUAGAGAGAAUGUUGAAGUGUAUCAAGAAAAAAAGGUGAAUCAAGAUCAAGAAAUUGGAGAAAGUAAUGAUGAUUAUGAAGAUGAUUUUGUGACAUUUUUUGGAUCAUUAUUUGAAAAUGUGGAUGGAGAUAAUGAUGAAAUGUUGGAUGGUGAAGGAUUGUUUGAUACAGGGGAUGAAAUCCAAGAAAGUCAAACAGGGGAGUCAAACAUGGAAAAAGUCAAAGACUUUGGAGGUAAAUAUGAUGAAGAAGGGGAGUCCCAAUAUGGAGAAAGAUCUAAAAUGGCGGAAGAAACGGUUGACAAGUCAAAGGAGAGGGAGAGUGAGGAGUUAGAGAGAGAAGGGUUGCCGGAAUGUUUAUUGUUAAUGAUGUGUGAACCAAAGUUAUCAAUGGAAGUGUGUAAAGAAACAUGGGUAUCAAGUAAAGACUUUUUCCGGCGACCAUCUAGCCGGAAGCCGCCACCUCCGCCGUCUUUGUUGACGGUCAGCAAAGAUGGUCAAGGUAAGUCAAAGGUGAGUGAUAUUAGUAGCAUAGAUACUCUUGAAAGUGCUAAACAUGAUAAACAUUUGGUGUCGGCGGGUGUGGCGGCGCCGCCACUUCAGCCUGGCCGGUCGUCGUGUUCAUUACCGGUGGCGCCGUCUAUGGCGGAGAUGCUAGAAGAGAAGCUAGUGAAUGCGGUAGGGUAUGAGCCAUUUGUUUUGACUAGAUGCAAAUCGGAGCCAAUGAGGACGGCGGCGGCUAAGUUGGCUCCAAAUAGUUUUUUUUGGAAAAAUAGGAAGCUUGAGCCGUUGCGCCGAGCUUCGUUCGGGGUCGGCGCAGCUGGGUUAGGGUUUUAAAAUGGUUUUUAGUGAAGUCAAAUGCAGAUAAGAUAAACAAAAAGACCGAAGUGUGGGGUAGUGUAAACAGUUUUAGCACUAGGUGGGGUUGGCCAUGUUGUACAUUGUAUUGGAAAUUUUAGUUCAUAAUACACUUAUUUUUAGUAGAA